GGCGGAGCCAGGGCGGAUCAAGCCGGCCGACGGUCUUCGGCCUUCCGCCAGCCCUGACGCACGUGAGCUCGGACGUGUAAAGCGCAACUUCUCCGGAGAGCCGGCUGCGGAAAGAGCCAAGAAGCAGUCGGGGAAGCGCGGAUCUUUGCAGGGGAGAAGCCUGCCGUGGAUGCGGGAGUUUCGGGGCGCCCAAGGGAUGGCCGGUCGGAGCACGGCGCUGCACCUCGUGGCGGGCGGAUUUGGUGGCACGGCGGGAGCCAUUUUGACCUGCCCACUGGAAGUGGUGAAGACCCGCCUGCAGUCUUCCUCCUUGGGCCUGAGGCCCCUUUACCUUCCUGCAGUUCAACUGCAGGGGGUGAAUGGGGCAUUGAUCCGCCCCUGUCUUCCCUCAGUUGGGGUCCUUGAGCUGCUGAGAACCAUUCUCGAGAAAGAAGGAAUCCGCUCGCUCUUCCGAGGCUUGGGACCUAAUCUUGUUGGAGUUGCCCCGUCCAGGGCCAUUUACUUUGCUGCAUAUUCAGGGGCAAAGGAGAAACUCAACAUGGUGCUGGUGCCCGAAUCCAAGAAAGUCCAUAUGCUUUCAGCAGCCUGUGCAGGCGUCAGUUCGGCCACAUUGACCAACCCCAUCUGGCUGGUGAAGACGAGAAUGCAGCUGGAAGCCAGGGCCAAAGGCGAGGUGCGUGGCAGUGCCCUUCAAUGCGCCAUGCGAGUUUACCACACAGAGGGCCUGCGAGGCUUUUACCGUGGGAUUUCAGCCUCCUACGCCGGAGUCUCUGAAACAGUCAUCCAUUUUGUUAUCUACGAGGCGUUGAAGAAGCAGCUGAGGGAAAACCGGCUGUUCUGGUCGCCAUCCUUCAUCUUCCCACCCAACAGCCAGGAUUUCUUUGGGCUGAUGGGAGCAGCUGCCGUCUCAAAAACCUGCGCCUCAUGCCUCGCCUAUCCACAUGAGGUAAUCCGGACACGGCUUCGAGAGGAGGGCUCACGUUACCGCUCCUUCGUGCAAACCCUGCAGCUUGUGGUCAGGGAAGAGGGCCCCUCAGCUCUUUACCGCGGGCUUCUGGCCCACCUGAUCCGACAGAUCCCCAACGCAGCUAUCGUCAUGGUCACCUAUGAACUGACCAUUCACCUGGCCACAAAAAUAUGACUCCUUUCUCUUCCUUGGUGAUUGGUCAGCGUUUGCAAGUGCAUUUCGGGGAAUGCAGUGCCUUGACAGUGGGCACGUUUACCCAUUCUGUGAUUGGACACUGACUGCCAUACAAGAUCUGAAAGCUAGUAGCUUCUCCCUCUCUUAGUUUUUGUUCUCAAGACAUGAUACCUGAUGGAUGUUUUCAAGUGCAGCUGCCUUGAGGAAUCAUGGGAAGAUGGAGAAUCUGAAUCGGAGAGCUCGCUGAGCGGAGGCAACAGUGCGGAGAUCUGUACUUUGGAAAAGGAUACAAAGGCACACAGUCUUUCCAGAACUGGUCUCCAGCAUGCUGGUCAAUGCAGAGAUAAUGUGCUACUACUUAGCCCCAAGCCCUUGGGCAGUUAACGGAAAUGAUACAAGAUUUGUAUCGUGGAGAGCAAGCAGUGGGGGAACUCUGCAAGGUGGUUUGUAAUGCAGAAGCGUGAAUGAAGCUCUCUUACAGUGAAAUCAGACCCUAACUCUGAAGAGUUCCUUUCCUCCUUCCAUGCUGGCUUCCAUGCUCGGCAGGACAACUUGCCCUCUCCCUGACAGGCAGGAGAAUUUGUGUCCUUCUAAAUUCACACUCCCCAUCUGCUCUUUGCUGGCAGAGGUAACUUAGCAUCCCGCAACUUGUGGCUGAGCAGAGAAAUGGCGCCCUCUGCUGUCAAGAGGAAGCCCCUUCCUGACAGCAGUUUCUCUUUGGAUUGGCUGUGGCCUUAUUUACAGGUGUUUCAUUUGCAGAGGAUGCCUUUGGUGUGGAGGGAGGGAAGGCUGCGCAGUGGUGAUACAGAAAAGUCACGCUGCUGAAAUCAACCAUCACUUCUGUGGAUUUCUGGCUCCAUCUGACAGCCAGGAAGAAUCAAGAAACACACUACAUCGAAAUUCUGUUUUUAAGUUAUCUAUUAAUAAAAUAUAUUUGUAUUAUUUCAUAUUUUAUUUAAAA